UCGAGCCCAUGCAGUUUCGGUUCUCGAUAACCAGACGCGAACCCCUCCUUCCCAUCUGCGAACGGGCAAGAAAAGGCAGCGGAGAAAAUGGGUGCCGCCCAAUCCGCGGACGAGAAAUCCCUCCACCAGUUCGUCGUCAAGGACAGCAAGGGCAAUGAGGUGAAUCUCAGUGCUUACGAAGGGAAGGUUCUUCUCAUCGUGAACGUUGCUUCCAAAUGUGGGUUCACCGAACAGAACUACACGCAGCUCGCUGAACUUCACAAUAGGUACAAGGAUAAAGGAUUCGAAAUCUUGGCAUUUCCAUGCAACCAAUUUCUCAGACAAGAGCCAGACACUAGCCAGGAGGUGGAAGAUUUUGCUUGUAACAGAUACAAAGUCGAAUUUCCAAUUUUCCAGAAGGUUUGCGUCAAUGGGCAAGAAACAGCGCCCCUCUACAAAUACCUCAAAGCACGUAAAACUGGAUUUUUGGGUUCAAGAAUAAAAUGGAACUUCACCAAGUUUUUAGUAGACAAGGAAGGGCGAGUCAUCAGCCGCUACGGAACAAUCACACCUCCACUAGCCAUCGAGGAAGACAUCCAGAAAGCAUUGGGAAUGGCAUGAUUGUCACUCUGUGGCCUAUCGAUGUUAUAUAAGUUGGCUUAACUUGUCAUGACGAGGAGACAGAAUAAAGUAUAUGAAAGUAACAGAGGUUUCUGUUGCUGUGACUGAUUAUCUUUAUACCAAGUGCUUAUUUUCUAAGUUGAUUCUCACAAUGCUGUAUUCUGUUAACAUUACCUGGUCGGGUUGACUGGGAAUUUUUGG